AUGUUAUCAACACUUUUUCAUAUAGCUGCAGAAAAAGGAUAUGCUUCCACAAUAAUAUGUCUUAUGCAAUCAUGGCCAACUCGGUCAUCAGCAUAUACUGUUGUUGACAAAAAUGAACAAAAUAUAUUGCAUUUAGCUGCAUUGCAAAGUAAAACAGAGAUGGUACAAGGCAUUUUAAAAUAUUGUUCACAAGAGUUCAAGAAAGAAUUUGUGAAUAAGCAGGAUAACAAUGGUGAUACACCACUCCACAUUCUUAUCAAACGUGGUUGCUUCAUUCCCGAACUCUUGAGAUAUGAAGGGCUUGAUAUAACGGUAGAAAACAAGAAAAGAUGGACUCCUCUUGAUAUGUUGUAUUUUGAUGAGCAAGUUAUUGAGGAUCAGGUACAAAUAAAAAUUGUACUUGAUGGUCUCCAUCCAUCAAAGGAUAAUUUUUCAAAUUCUGUGCUCCCAAGUAAACGGAUGAGAAAAGAUAAGAUUCUUAAUGAACAAGCAAAACUGAAGAUGCAUGAGAAGUACACAGCAAUGAAAGAAGAUACCGAUGCCAUUGCUAAUUGUUUUGCUGAUGCCAUUGUCGGAGAUGCUAUUUCGGUAGCAGCAUUGAAAAUGAAAGCAGAUAAAGUGAAUGAAUUGGGAGAGACAAUCCUUCACGUUGAAUCAAAGAAGGGAGAGAUAGAAAACGUGCGAUUCAUUGUGAGUGAGUUUGCAAACAAAAGCCUUUUGGGCAAGCGGGAUAGGUCAAAACAAACUGCACUUCACCUUGCAGCACAACGUGGACAUGUUCAAGUGGUUAAAGCUCUCAUUGAUGCAGCUAGUAGUCUUCAAGUGGUCAGUCUUUUUCAGGAUUUCAUCAGGCAAGCUAAUGUUCCAAACCUGAACACCGCAUUACACCUUGCGGUCGUUGAUGGAAACGUGGCAAUAGUUAAGCUCUUAGUAGAGGCCGAUCCAAAUGAUAGCCAUGUUCGAAACAGUGAAGGUAAAAGUCCAAUCUACAUAGCUGCGGAAAAGGGUCGCAGAGAUAUAAUAAAGGUGAUCUGUACGGCUUGCACAGCUCUGUCUUUAGAUGGUCCGGAAUAUAGGACUAGGGCUGUUUAA